UAACGAGGUUGUUGGGUUUAGAGCCGGGCGGAGACCGCUGAGACUCAUUCCUCAGGAACAAGGGUCGGGUGUCAAGGAGACCUUUUCACACCAGCUCCCCGUCCCUCGCCAGCGCCUCCUGGAUGAGGAAGUGAGUCGUGCACUCAAUGCGGAGACCCCCAAGUCCUCCCCACUUCCGGCCAAGGGGCGAGAUCCAGUGGAGAUCCUCAUCCCCAAAGAUAUCACUGACCCGCUCAGUCUCAAUACUUGCACUGAUGAGGCCCAAGUAGUUCUUGCUUCGCCACUCAAGACUGGUCGCAAGCGGCAUAGACACCGGGGACAGCACCACCAGCAGCAGCAGGCAUCUGGAGGGAAUGAUAGCCACGCCGCGCUGCCCACAGCCCCCCUCACCCCCUCAUUCCACGGGGAGGGCGCCACACAGCAGCAGCGGCACAAGGGCCAGAACCGCGAUGCCCCCCUACCCUAUGAACUCAACACAGCCAUCAACUGCAGGGAUGAGGUCGUGUCUCCCCUUCCAUCUGCCCUGCAGGGUUCCUCAGGCUCCCUUUCAGCCCCUUCAGCUGCCUCAGUUACCUCUGCACCCUCGUCUUCCUCCUCCCGACAUCGCAAACGUCGCAGGACUUCCAGCAAGUCGGAGGCAGGGGCUAGGGGUGGAGGUCAGGGUUCCAAGGAAAAGGGCCGAGGGAGUGGGGGAGGCCGCCACCACCAUCACCCACUACCUGCAGCAGGCUUCAAAAAGCAACAACGCAAGUUCCAGUAUGGGAAUUAUUGCAAGUACUAUGGGUACCGCAAUCCUUCCUGUGAGGAUGGGCGCCUGCGGGUGCUGAAGCCUGAAUGGUUUAAGGGCCGGGACAUUCUAGAUCUGGGGUGCAAUGUGGGCCAUCUGACCCUAAGUAUUGCCUGCAAGUGGGGCCCAUCACGCAUGGUGGGACUGGAUAUUGAUUCCCGGCUGAUACACGCAGCCCGUCAAAAUAUCCGACACUACCUGUCCGAGGAGCUGCGUCUCCCACCCCAGACUUCUGAGGGGGAUGCUGGGGCAGAGGGUGAGGAAGGGACUGCCACCAUCCGAAAGAGAAGCUGCUUCCCAGCCUCGCUGCCGGCCAGCCGGGGUCCCAUUGCUGCACCCCAAGUGCCCUUGGAUGGAGCGGACACCUCUGUCUUCCCCAACAAUGUUGUCUUCGUCACGGGUAACUACGUGCUGGAUCGAGAUGAGCUAGUGGAGGCCCAAACUCCGGAGUAUGAUGUGGUGCUCUGCCUCAGCCUCACCAAAUGGGUGCACCUGAACUGGGGAGAUGAGGGUCUGAAGCGCAUGUUCCGCCGGAUCUACCGGCACCUACGCCCUGGAGGCAUCUUGGUCUUGGAGCCCCAACCAUGGUCCUCCUAUGGCAAGAGAAAGACUCUCACGGAAACAAUUUACAAGAACUACUAUCGAAUCCAGCUGAAGCCAGAACAGUUCAGUUCUUACCUGACAUCCCCAGAAGUGGGCUUUUCCAGCUAUGAACUUGUGGCUACACCCCACAAUACCUCCAAAGGCUUCCAGCGUCCUGUGUACCUGUUCCACAAGGCCCGUUCCCCCAGCCACUAAGUGGCCCCCUGAACAGAAAAUAUUAAGAUGCUGCCCUUGCUGCUCCUGAAGACCUGGGUGAUGAGGUUUUUCCUUCCUAAACUCCAAAGUUUCCUUUCCUUGGGUCUGGCAAAGAAGGCUUUUUCUUAAGUUGCUGCCCCAGCCUCCUCCCUAUCUCCUGCACCUGAGCAGCAAGCCCAGCUGUGCUGGAGUUACUGUCAUCUUCCUGUCCCCGGCCUGCUGGGCCUGGAUAGCAUGGACUGUUUUGCUGACUUUUGUUUUCCCAGGAAGAUUCCCACUUCUGAAUGGCCUUUGUCCCUAGCUGCAUUUCAGUGGACCACAGAUAUAUGGACUAAGGGUUGGAGCGGGGAGCUUGGCAGGGAGGCACACAGAUACUGUAAAAAUCCUUCCUGCUGCUGUCCCCCAGUGGGAGAGGGGACUGGAUUUGGAAUGUAAGAACAGCACAAUAAACUUGAUACCUAGGGCA